AUGUCAGAUGAUAUAUGGGAGGAGAGUGCUGUCAAAGGAUUUCAAUUUGAUUUAGAGGAAGCGGAUAAUACUUCAACGUACUCUCAUAUUCUCGGUGAUAGCUUUGGUGAAACAUGUGAUGAAUCAAUAACAAGAGACUUUAACGAUCAAUUUUGUACAAUAUGUCAUAACUUGAUCGGUAAUGAGAUUUACUAUGAAAAAGAUGCUACCUUCUGUUCAGAGGCAUGCUGGUUGAAAGCAAUUACAAUAGCUCUUGACGAUUUUGUUGUUGGGGGAAUGAGUACAUGGCCGUUGAGUACUUUUGUUUCACAAUCUUCCAAAUCAGUCAUUUUAAAUUUGACUACAAGUACUUGUGAUGGCAAUUUAAUUACAAAGAUUGUUAAUGAACUUAGGAAUUCAUUAUCAGAAAGCAAUUUUGGAAAUAUUUUGUUAAAAAACUCAGUAGCCGCGUUUCACUUUCUUAACUUUCUUAGAAAUACUGGACAGUUAGCAGACUUAAAGAAAUAUAUGAAACUGCUAGGUUUUAUCAGAGAAAGUGAAAUUUGUAGCUAUAAUCAGUUGAUGCAAAAGUUGAUGAAUUUAUCGUCUGGUCAUGUAGAUGAAGUUAAUAAAUAUUUAAUGCAGAUUGCAGAAUCUGAAGUAGCCUCAAAUCUUGCUGUUAAAAAUAUUGUUGAAAUCUCUUCUGAAUUGGCUGUUAUCUUGGAUUAUCAGAACAGCUAUGAACAAGAAUGGAGUUCGUAUUACAGUGAACUUCUUACACAUGCAAACGCCCAAAAAACAGCUACUGCACUUCCUGAUAGUUUGUUGAUGCAGCCAUUAUGCGAAACUCUUGGUGCAUUGGCGAGGAUGGAUCAAAGCGUUAAGACCAAUAGUCGGGCUGAAACUCUUGGGAAAAAGUUCAAAAUAUCGGAUGAACAGUUUAGAUGGUUGUUAAUAGAGCCCCUUGUUCAGUCACGAAACUGGGACGAUCUGGAAUUUAUCAUGUUAAAAAAGAAAUCUUUGUCGCGUCGUAUGGAGGUUACUAUCCCAACUGACCGUUUUAUCCUUCAUCUCAAUUCAUUAGGUGUCCCAAACAACAUUACUGAGGGUUACUUGAAAUAUCUAAGUGAUGAUGAAGAGUUUAUACAGAUUGUUAUUCGGUUAAAUAUGGUCGAUGAAGCGGUUAAACUCUGCUUGGAAAAGCGAAAUAUCAACGCUUUGAAAGAACUCAUGUCUCAAAUACCUGGCAAUCAUCAAAAGAAGAAGGAAAUAUCUCACUAUCUAUCAGUUCCUGUUGCUCAGUGGAAAGACUUUGUUUGUAGACAAACGUUUUGA